AUGGAUUUUGAAGAACAGUUGGAAAAAGCUGAGCGUCUUGAGUCUCCUUCUCUUGUAGGGUCGUCACUUCGAUCCGCUGACGAUUCUCCUCAUAACAACUACAUUCACCCCGAAAAGUAUAAAACUCGCCCCAAAAACAAGAAUGCUCACUCGUUGUUGAACUCGCAAAUCGGAGCUUCGCUUGACGAUUUGAUCUCUGAGGGUGCACUUUUGGGCUCGGAGGAAGACUUUGAAAAGUUCUUGGACGACGGGGGUCACGUCAAGGACGAUGCUCGGUACUUGGAGACCGACGGCGAGAAUGCGGAAAAGGAAAAGAAGGAAAAAAAUGUAAAAGAACGGUCGUCUCCGUUGAAAAAUGAGGUCAAUGAUAGCGAGCUGACCAGCAAGCUGGACGGUGAGUUGGCCAAAAAUGUGGACGAUCAGUCGCUGGUUUCUCACGAUUCCAAGUCUGUCGACGCUAAGGCGUCGGCUAGUGAAUCUUCAAUUGCCGUGGGCGACUCAGAGUCGAAGAAAGAUGGCCUUUAUUCCACUCCAAAUCUUUCCGAGUACCAACUUGAGCACCUGAUCAAGGACCACAACGAAAUGCUUUCGUACGUGAAAUCUCACAAUCUCGAUAAGCUUCCGGGCUACCGAGCUGAGCCCAAGAAUGCCCAGCUUUUAAGAGACUCCAGAGUGCCGCUGGCACUGCCUACUACGGCCUCUUUUGGCGACGCUGUGGCCAUACACACGGGGCCCUCUGAAGGUCUUCACACUCCGUACUUCCAGCACGAUGGCCGGUCGAGAUCGAGAUCGCAAAACAGAAGCCGUAUUGCCGAAAGAUCCAGAUCUCGUUCGUCAGUGAAGCCUCAUUUGGCUCGUGGUGACUCCUACAAGAAUAUCCACGAAGAUGAGCCUUCAAAGUACGAGUUACCUUCAGAUUGGGAGGCUACGGAGGAGGAGGAGAAUACCGAUGGUGAUAGGCGCUCGAGACAAUCGAAACCUACAUUGGGUGACUCGAUUGCUGCAGCUGAAGCUGCUCGUGAACAGCAAAAGUUUCAUCAAGAUGCCCGUGCAAGUUCCGCCGCUUCUUUACUUACCACAGGAGACUACACCAAUUUCAAUGUGGAUAUUCCUGAACCCACGUACUUUAAUGGUCGUUCUGCUUCGUCUACUAAUUACUUGCGUUCUAUCUCCAGAUCUCGUUCGAGACAACCAGAAAGCAAGAGACACAGCCAGCUCACCGAAAAGAAUGACGCUGAUCCCGAGGAGCUCAUAAGCGAAGGAGCACUUGUCACAGAUGACCCAUACUCGUCUAUCAACCAUUUGGAUACGAUGAUGGAGGAAGUGUUGGGCAAGAAAGACGACAAGAAGGAAGAGAAAGGAGCCGAGGCUCCAACUCCGAACAAAGCCAUUCCUGAGACUGACGUGAGUAAAGCAGACGCUACUAAGAAGUCCAAUGAUAGCGAGCGUGAGAAGGGCUCCGUGACUGAUGCAAAGGAAGAACUUCCUGGUAAAGCGAACGAGAAGGAAGAAACCGAAGCGAGGGAAGAAACGACCAAGGAUGAGAAGGAAGAUGCCAAAGAUGAAACAAAGGAACCAGCAGUCAUUGAGACAUCAAAGGUAGAAACUGAAGGUGACACGGCACAUGAGAAGUUGGCUCCAUCAGAAGACAACGAAGAGCUGGCUGUUCCCACUGAGGGCCAACUGAAGAAAGCCAACGAUGUGAUAUCCGAAGACGUUGAUCAAGACGAGAAGGAUAUCAAGGUUGAAGCACCUGAUGUGAAAGAGAAGGAAGAAGAGAAUCCUACUGAAGAGAUCAAAAAGAAGGGAGAAAGCCAAGAGGCCGAACCAGAAAAGAAGACUUUGAUCACGGACUACACGGAGCCCAUAAAUCAAGAUUCGGUACCCGAAGACAAAGAGCCUGCGGCUGCUAAGAAUGAUGAUGUCGUUGGCGAAACUAUGGUUACAAAGCCAGAGGAAAAAAAAGACGAAACCUCCAAACAGGUGAAAGACAAACAGGUUGAAAAAGGGGUACAAGUUUCGAAGGAACCCGUGAAAGAGGUGAAAGACGACGACGAUUUCGAUGUGUCUCCCGAGGAACUUCGCAAGCAUCUCGAGUCGCAGCCGGUUUACAUCUUUACUUCUUUUGCUGGUGGAAUGCAAAUAAUGCACCGUACCAACAGACUCGCUACGAUUUUGAAAGGUAACGGCAUUGAGUUUACUCAAAGAGACUUGGGAACAGAUGAAGAAGCCAAGAAGAUAUGGAGAAGAUACUCAGCCGGCAAGACUCUUCCCGGAGUCGUUCGUGGCGAUGACUUUAUUGGAAACUGGGAAGACAUUGACGAAGCCAAUGAAGAGUAUCAGGUGAGGGUCCUUGUAUACGAGACUUUGUAG